AUGAUCCGAUAUGCGCGUCAGCUAGUGCGCUUCAGCAAUGACCCUGGUUUUUCGCAGUACCGGUACUUCCUGUGGGGAGAUCUUGGUGCCAACCUUGCGGCGGACGGCUUUGUCAGAGCACCUGCAGCCGUUGAAGAUGUUGGCCAAUUCAGGGUAGCCAGUGAUGUUUAUGUUGCUGAACUUGGGUUUAAUUAUCAAGCACGGAUAGGAGCUUGA